AUGACGACACUGUGGUGCUUGGUUGUGAACGACGGCAGCAUUUUGCCAAUUGAGAUCGACAAGGGCAAUCAUGUGCAAACACUAAAGCAGUUGGUUCGUGAACACCAGAAGUACAAGUUUCAUCAGGACCGCUUGGAUCUCUUUCUGGCCAAGAAAAGCGACGGUACGUGGUUGCAAUGGAGAAGUUACGAUGUCCAAGCCUUGAGAACGGACGAAAAGACCGAUGUCGUUCAAGAGCUUCUGCAAAAUCGACGAAUGGGUUCCUUGUACAGAAUUGACGACAGCUCAUUCGGCUUCCCCGACGUCAUCGAUGAUGGAGACAUCCACAUCUUGGCGGUUGUACCGCCUGACAAAUGGCGUGAAGUACGUCCAUCCAACAAAGCCAAGUCAACGCUUUGGAUUGAAACGGAAGUGUUUAUCAUGCCCCCAAGCGCAGUGGUCGACCUCAACAGUGUGACACAAGGCACGGUCCAGUCUACCUCUGAGCUUUCGCAAGCCCUCCGACGCUACGGGGGCUUUCCGCCGUCGUUGUUUGUCCGCCAAGAAAUGAAGAUGGCAUGGAGCAUCCUGCACGACAACUACAUUGGACAAACCCCUUCCAAGAAGACGACCGUUCUCGUGGGGUCCCCCGGCGUCGGCAAAUCAGCGCUCCUCGUGCUUUUUUGCUGCUAUUUGGCUGUCCAUUGCAAAUUCCACAUCUUCCUCGCACGGGAUCUUAUGGGCAACGGGGGCCCUUCCCCCGACGUUGUGCUGUGGUUUCGUGGCGCCAAAGUCACGGGAUAUCCAGACUGUUACCCGGACGAGGUUGCCUCGUUAAGGAAAUCGUUCCUUGCCGAGCGUAGAGGAAACAAUAUCCUGGUCGUUGGUGACGGCUACCUCCAGGCAACCUUCAAUGAUGGCCCCCUGAGGAUCUUGGGCGGAGGUCACUUGCUCUCGUCUUCGCUAAAGUUCAUAUGGGGUGUCUGUCCGAGAUGA